AUGGGGCCAAAGGCGCAGCAGCUGGUCCGGCACUCAGCUCAGGACUUUAUCUAUCAUACCAAGAAUUUUCUAACCAGAAUCUAUCCCAAGGCAUCUCGAAUUGAUUCCUCUAAUCUACAGCCUCAGGAAUUCUGGAAUGUUGGCUGUCAGAUGGUUGCAUUGAAUAUGCAGAGUCCAGGAGUCCCAAUGGAUCUGCAGGAUGGAAGGUUCCAGGAUAAUGGCAGAUGCGGAUAUGUUCUAAAGCCGGAUUUCCUUUGUGAUUUAGAUUGCACAUUUGAUCCAAAUAAUCUUCUAACUCACAGGCCAUUUUACCUCCAUAUUAAGGUGAUUAGUGGGUUUCUUCUUCCUCCAAGCAACUUAUCUAAAACCAACACAGCCAACCCAGUUGUGACUUUGGAGAUUCAUGGAGUACCACCUGACCAAUGCAGAAAAAAGACCCGGGUCGCAAAAAAUAAUGCCUUUAACCCUCAGUGGAACAAGUCUUUCCUCUUCGCCAUUAAGGUUCCGGAGUUGGCAAUGAUUCGAUUCUGCUUGCAGGACCACAUUCCAGUGGUUGGGAAUAAAUUUGUGGGCCAGUACACUCUGCCUGUGACCUGCAUUAGUAAAGGAUAUCGUCACAUCCCACUGCUGAACAGAUACGGUCAGAGUCUUUUGCCCGCCUCGCUCUUUGUCCACAUCUGGUAUGAUUGAUCUUCAUAUCCAAAAAUUCAAUAGCUGACUGCGACAUGAUUGCUGCCUUGAAAACUUUUC